CACUGCUUUUCUCGGCCCAGAUCUCUCUGCUGCAUCCCCUUUGGCGUAUUAUAAUGAGAGGGGAGGCGGUGGGCAGGAUCUGCUAGAUGGGGAGUGUUGACUGCCGCGGCAACGCACAUACAUCCCGUUUGCGGCGUGGUGGAAGGAAGCUGGCGUGUCCACAUCCCGAGGGUUUUCUAGCAGAGAGCUUUGUGGAGCUGGACCACCCCCCCACCCCUAAAGUUCUGACUGUCCUACGGAGCGUGUCUGCUGUCAGAAUAACGCCCCUGAGGGAGAUGAAGAGCUGCCCGGACUUGAUGCCUGCUGCAGGGACGGACUCUUCCAGGUUGUGCAAGGGCAGGGGCGCUGUUACCCUUCGCGCCACCCUUGUUCACAUCGAUGAUGACGAUGGCAGUGACGAGCAGCAGCAGCCCGCUGUGGAUGGCUGGCUUGAUGACUCUUAUGGGGAAAGUGCUGGAAGGUACUCCGAUAGUCCUAGACUGAAUGAAGCCAGAAGUGGAAAGACACAGUCACAGGUGGUUACUCCUGUGAGUGCUCAAGCCCUGCCUUCCUCAUCAGAACAGCUCAUUGUUCCUGCAUCGAGCAGAAAGACAUCCUCUGCAUACCCAUCUACCACCAUUGUCAACCCCACCAUUGUGCUUCUACAGCACAACAGAGAACAACAAAAGCGUGUAAAUAUUCUGGAAGAUCCACCACCAGAGGGCCACAGUGAGCUUGGCAUAGCAGCUACACCCCCUUCAGCUCCCACUGACGUCCUUCCAAUGGAUGGCAAGAGGAUGAGACUUUCAAUGCAGGGGUCCAACAGCGGGCUUCUGAAUGACAACAGCACCCCCAUUAGGAACACCGAGAAGUCCCGGGACUGGUACAAGAGCAUGUUUAAGCAGAUACACAAAGUUCCAGACUCUCCUGAGGAAAAUCCUUACCGGCCCACCUACACAUUUCCUGAGAACUAUGACAGGCGAAAGAAAAUGUCAGAAGACAGUUCUGCUACCUAUGUAUAUGAGGAUGAUGCAAAAGGUGAUCAUCCUUCAAGAGGAUCCCAGAACAACCGCACAGACUUUCAAAACGGCAGACUGCCCAAACUGCCGGUACCAGCCCGGUCGUCCUCACUCCGAGCCUCCACUGAAAGGAAUGACUGGGAGCCCCCCGACAAGAAGGUAGACACCAGGAAAUACCGUGCAGAGCCCAGGAGCAUAUUUGAAUAUGAGCCAGGGAAGUCAUCAGUGUUGAAACAGGAGAGAACGAUUCAGCAUAUAAGUCCAGAAGAUGUAGAUUUAGAAAAUGAACCUUGGUAUAAAUUCUUUUCAGAGAUGGAGUUUGGAAAACCGAGUGCCCCCUCCUUCAGCCCCCUGGAAACACCCUCCGACCUCCAUCAAUAUUCACCAUACCAACCUCCCACCAGACCCUCCCAAAAUGAGUCGGGCAAAGGCACCACGGCCGCUGCUGAGCCCGGAGACCGCCACGUUUACAAGAGUGUCCUGGAGGGUGGGGAUAUUCCCCUGCAGGGCCUACAUGCCCUGAACAAGCGUAGCCCCAGCUCCUCCUCAUCUAAAGUAGAUUCUGAUUCUCCACGACAUUUCGCCCCUGGGGAGGCCCUGGACACCUCUGAGGAUCUUGUUCGAAGACGCUACAGUGACAAAGAAAAAAUUCUGGAGGAGCAGCGGCGUCUGAAGCGAGAGCAGGAAGAGGCAGAUGCAGCGUCCCGCCGUCAUACGGGGCUGGUACUCUCACACCAUCAAUUCAUCACAAAUGAGCGCUUUGGGGACUUGCUUAACAUCACCGACACGGAGAAGAGGAAGUCUGGGACCAUGAGAACUCCGGCUCUUGCAAAGUUUGACUUCAGAGCAGAAACACUGAAAGAGCUCCCCUUCCACAAGGGAGACAUCGUGUACAUCUGUCGUCAGAUCGAUCAAAACUGGGUUGAAGGCGAGCAUCAUGGCCGCGUGGGCAUUUUCCCCCGCAGUUAUGUGGAGCUCCUCCCUCCAACAGAGAAGGCUCAACCCAAAAAGCAGGCUCCGGUCCAGGUACUGGAGUAUGGAGAAGCCAUGGCCAGGUUCACUUUCACUGGGGACACAGCUGUUGAGAUGUCCUUCAAAAAGGGGGAGCGAAUCACCCUCAUCCGCAGAGUGGACGAGAACUGGUAUGAGGGCAAGGUCUCCGGCACCAAUCGGCAGGGAAUCUUCCCUGUAACCUAUGUGGAGGUGCACAAGCGCCCCCGGGUUAAAAACGGUGUGGAUUACGCAGACCCCCCCUUGAGUCAGUCACCUAGUCGCAGCAGCAACGCCUCUCCACAGCCCCCUCGUAAUCAUUUGGCCACUGCCCCUCUCCCCCUCCCACGCUCCGACCGCCGGUCAGUCUCUCCUGAGGUGCACGCUGUCUCCUCUGAGUGGAUCGCCUUGACGAUGGGAGUGGGCCGCAGCCCUCCUGCAGCUGCCACUCCCCCCCUGCCCCCCCUUCCCAGUGUGUCGUACCACUGGGGCGAGUACUUGCCCCCCUCCCUGUCCACCAGCCCCAUUCCACCUGUCGGGGGCUACAGUCCCUACUGUGCCUCAACUUCCGCCUCCCCAUCUGCUUCACCACUUCCCCCUCCGCCACCCCCACCCCGCCCCGGCUCCGCCACGCCCUUCCUCACCUUCACUCCACCCCAGGGGGAGGACUUCUUGCUCUGCCCACCUUCUCCCCGCCUCUCACGCAGCCUUAGCCCCUGUGGGGGUGCGGGUCUGGAGAGCUGGCUGAGCGGGAGCAACCCCCUAAGGACCCUGGAAGCGGAGCUUCAAGAAGAAGGGGUGGGGCUUUACCGAGGAGAGAUGGGGCUGGAGAGCCAACUGAGUAGGGGGAACCAAGAGGCGGGUCUUCAGCAGGGGGAGGGGGCAUGGCUAGACAAAGGGAACGUUUUGGGUGACUGGCAGAAUAGUCCAGAGCUGCUGAGAAAUGAAGCUGAUUACCAAGGCAGAUCGUCCAGAAGCCCAGUGCUGCCACUCGACAGCCGGGAAAACGCUAUAAAUGCCAACUCGUUUGCGGAGGCAGUCUGCAACGAGAUUAUGGACAUUGCGGAGAGGUCUGUGCGUUACUGCAGCAACCUGUCCCGCCCCUUUGACUCUGUACACAGACCAGUGGCCCACACCAGUAAACAAUCUUUCAUCAUUUCCCAGCAACCCCAGCGGCAGAGUAACAGUCCUGACCUCAGCCAUAUGGGCUAUGGCAUUUUCCAGGCCCUCUACAGCUAUGUACCACAAAAUGAGGAUGAGCUGGAGCUGAGAGAGGGAGACCUGGUCCACGUGAUGGAGAAGUGUGACGAUGGCUGGUUUGUUGGCACAUCCAAGCGAACAAAGCAGUUUGGCACUUUCCCGGGGAAUUACGUUAAACCUGCCAGCCUAUAAACACUGCAAAUCUGUCCCACAGUUUCACUUGGCUGUAUGUUGAGUUUGUAAAGCAAUGACUUUCUGUUAUGCCUGAGCUUUUUGGCAGGUGGGUUCUUGGCCAGGUCAAAGGAAGUGUAGGGGAUGUGAUCAGUGGGCUCCGUGUGGAAGGAGCUGUGGCGUGAGGGAAAGAGAGAGCAAGAGAAAGAGAGGUCCACAGAUUCACAGCAGAGCUUUCCUGGUUCUGUCACUACCCAGCUGACAGAUAUAACGUUCUCAUAGCACUAAGGGAAUGUUUUAGCUGCCUACCAGCUACAGUCAAAAUCACACUUUCCAAAAAAAGCACUUCAGUUCCACAAGAGAAAUACUGAAGUCCUGUUUUAACUUGUAAAUACUUCAUAGUCUGGUAAUGUUAUUUUAAUUGCUAGAUCAGCCUAACACUGCUCAUAGAAAACACUAUAUAAAUACUAUAAAAUAAGAGUUACACGUACAGUGUGGGGUGUCAGCACACCUGAAAUCCCAGUGGAUUUCACCAGAAGUUUUAUAUAAGAUGGACCUCUCAGUGUGGCACUUUGGUUUGAUUAAGUUCAGCAUUUUAGAAGUUACCACGGUGACUCAUGUAAAGCACUAACGUCACUUCAGUCUACUCUCACCUUCACACAAUACAGCUUACCUCAGCACCCCCUGAUUGGCUCCUCUGUAAAUAUUUGCUUCAAUAUGAUUGGCUUGGCAGCUAACUGAGCACUAAGCUGAACAGAGUCAUUUUGCACGUUAACAUUUCUCAUAUGCUUUGUGAAAAUAAGCUAGAAUGCCAUUGACCUGAUAACGUAAUGAAUGCCUUCAGUAUGACCGGAUGUGCAAUCCGGCCACACCUGAGUGAGUGUGUGUGUGUGCGCGCACAAGUGUGAGUCUGCCUGCUCUGAUGUCAACUUGUAGCUUAGUGCAGUUCCUGCACAUUCCUGACUUCAGUUUAUGUGUUCAUAUUCAUUUGCUAGCAAUAAGGUAACCUCUGCUGUGAGUUAUUUAUUUUUUUAGCCUGUUUAAUUUUAUAUGACAGUAACUGUAAUAUUGUUUUAGGCUGCAGUUUUAGGGUCUGUAAUUUCAUAACAUAUCCUGAAAAACAAUAAAUAAGCACUAUGGUUUCUUAAUAUGAUGAUAUGUUAACGAUGAAAACCGUUUAGUAUCAGUCAUCGCUGUAUUUGUAGUUACAGUUGUCUUAGUAUUAUCAUCGAUACAAUAUGAUCCAACACUGUCUCCUUAUUUGUAUUUAUUGAGUAAAAUUGUUAUUUAUUUUACAGUAUUUGUCCUGGUUGAAAAUGUUAUAACUGGGAUUGACAUUAUUUGUAUGCAGAGCUGUACAUAUUAUAUUAGAAACGUUUCCUCUGUAUAAUGAAAAGAGACAUAUUUUUACAAAAAGUACUUUCAGUAAAGUAUGUUUGAUUAUAUUUUAAUAAGAAGUUUAUACAGAUAUGAUGUCAAAAGUAUAAUUCAUAUGGAGACAAACAGUGUUACCAGAUUUACUGGUGGUGUGUUUAAAAUUUUGUUUUUCCCCAUCAUAUUUUUGUUUAUAGUAAGAAUUUAAAUUUUGCUGUUAUGGUGAAAGAAGCCAUGUGCUCUACAUAUUACUUUGAGUGAUAUGUCAUGAAAUUACAGUUGAAAGCAUAAAAUUGUCUAACUUCUCUCUUGGGUCUCAGGAUCCUAUCAAGCUCAUAAACUGUAUAAGGUGCCACCGUUCUGUGACUCCCAUCUCAUUAGCUCACUUUGUGUUACAUCCAGAGUGAAAGGAAACAGUGAGCAUUAUUCUAGUGUUUCUUUUUAUAGGUAUUUAAAGGAUUCCCAGGAACUGAAUUGAACCUGGGGUUGAUGGUUGGCUUUUGUUACUUUUUAACAUGUAUUAGUCUAUGGCAUGCAUUUUUUGUAGGAUUCACCUGAAAGCAUGAGAAGCCUUAAAAUGUUCUGCCUGUUACAAACUUCUCCAUUCAGGUAGCAGGCCAGAGGCAGUUUGCUGUGUUUCUGUGUUGAAUGCUCAGUGAGAUGCAUUCGCAGUCCGGGGAUAACGCUGCAAAUGCAAGUGAUGCUCCUGCUUAAACUUUGGCUCUUUUGAGUUUGUAUUCCUAUUGUUUGUGUGCCUCAUAAUAUACACUAAAUUAAAUGGCUCUGCUAUGUAAAUUUAAUGGGGGGUGAUUUGCUUGUACUUACAGUAUCUCAUCAUUUAACAUGGGAACAUAGUUAAAACUAAACAAAAAAAAACAGGCAAGUAGGACAUAAUAGAUAUUAAAAAUAGACAUAUUGACGUAUAUCUCCUGAUAACAUUUGAAAAAUUUUAUGACAUUAUUUAAACUAAUCUAAUCAUUUUAGCUUCCAGUGACUCUAUCACCAGGCUGCAUUUGAGGUUUUCUCAAGUGGGCAGCACUGCGGCUGUAGCUUUGUGGCUUAACUGAAUGAAAACACCAAGAUCCUGCCUCUGUUACACACUUAAGGCAUGUCAUUAGCGAUUUAGGGCCUGAUCUGUUCGGUCCUGCCACCUGCUAUUUGCUAAAGGGAAACUGUCUAUUUGCCCCCAAGCACCUAUGUACUGGACCAUAUAUGCAGCCUAAGAUAUGCUCAUCUGGGACAACUUUUAAAUGUGAUUUGGACUGUUUUGUUCUGAUAGCUCACUGAUGGGACUACUCUUUUUUGGUUUACCAGAAAGUGAAUGUCCAUUAUGUUCACUACAUCCUGUGGUGCUUGUACCGCCUUAAAACACAAACAGGGGUCAGUUGCUGACCCCCAGAGCUGGUCUGUGUGGAAUGUGUGAUAUCUGCUUUUCCCUUUAUCCAGUCAAUCAGAGGGUGGCAUGAGUCACAUGACUGGCUAGCAGCCUCCUUGUUCACUAGGAUGUAAAAGCAUAUAAACACUUACUCAUGCAUGUUGCUGCACGCACACGCAUACACACACACACGUGUGUGUGUGUGUGUGUGUAUGCGUGACACGAGCAGGUCACAGCAGGAGAGAUCACUGGCCAUGUUGGCAAUAAUGAGCAUUUUUCAUGUAUAACACAGUUUCAUACUGUCACAUGGGAUUACACAUAUGUCUUAUUUUUUAUUUGGGAAUUGCAUGCAAGCUUUUCAUUAUGGAUUACAUGUAUGCCUUAUGAUAAUUUAUUUUGGGAUUACAUGCAUGCUUUAUGAUCAUUUUGUUUUGGGAUUACAUACAUGGCUCAUCACUUCUCACAGAUUAUAUUUACGCUGCAUUUUUCAUUGUGGGUUUACAUGCAAUCUAUAUCACCUUUCAUUGUGGGAUUACAUGCAGUCUGCAUUAUGUUUCAUUUUGGGAUUACAAGCAUUCUGCAUCAUUUUUUCAUUGAAAGAUUACAUGUAAUCUGCACCAGUUUUUACUGUGGGAUUACAUGCAAACUGCAUUCUUUCAUUGUGGGAUUAUAAAAAUGCCUUUUCAUCUUUUAUUCAAUUGUCAGUCCUGUUUAUUUUGCUUAAUUAUUUUUAAAUUUGUACCUGCAUCAUAUUACAAGGUGUCACUUCUUUUGUUUUAAAGUAUGUGACAGGAUAAUGAUAAUUACCAGUAUGGGGAUUACAUUAUAAUAUAAACCCUCUAAUAUGUUAUGAGGGUUAUGAUCUUGUAAUUGAUGUAAUACUUAUCCUGGAAAAGGGGCUAACGUGUUUGCUACUAUCUGCGGUGUUGCUACAGUACAGUUACAAUACUAAAUUAAAAUGAGAAGUUGCUGUGAUUUCAGUAUUAUGCAAUAUUUAAUAAACCAUAUUAAAGCAUA